AUGGCUUCAGGGCUGCUGAACGACGACAAUCUCAAGUUCUACGUUGAUAGCGACAGGACUUCGUGCUAUCCGCUGGAAAUGCGCGGAAAGCGCACGAUGGAUACGAUUUAUCCCCAAGCUAAGGACGUGGAUGACGCGCUUCAAGUCAAAUCGCUCGCCUAUACUAUGCCAAAGGCGAAUUUGCGGUGCGACAGUGGUGAUCCUAUCUCUUCUCGCGCGACCAAUAACCCGGAGAACUUUUGCACCGAUGUCGGGCACCAAGGAAACGCUUGCGACGGCCACGGAGAGCGUUGCGCUGCGCUGGACGCAGCGACAAAGGCAGCCGAGCAGAUGAAGACGACCGAGGUGGACGAAAUCUCCACCAAAAGCAAGUACGCGCUGAAUAGUGAGGUGAUUUUGACGUUUCGUGGCUUGAUGCACGCGCUGAGCCGCACGAAUUGA